GCAAACAGCCCACUCACAAAAGGCCCUUGGCGCAAGCUAGGCCCGUCCGCCACGGACCACUGGCCAUCAUGACUAAGUCUACCCUAACCCAUCGUCUUGGUCUUCGACUAUCCCGGCCUCCGUGACCCCAAGUCUCAUUCCUCUCCCCAGUCUUCGGCAUUGUCCAUCAUUGAGUGCUCCAUCUGCGGCAGCCGGCUUGCUCCAACUCAUCAGCAGCAGUCUUGUUGCAGUCACGCGUCUGGCUUUGCUUCCCCGCGGAGCCAUGCUCCAGCCAUGGACAUCAAACCCCAGGACUUUCUCUCGGCGCCAUUGACGACUAUCCAGAGUGUCCCCGUCCUUGCUGGCUGCCUCGCCAUCGUCGCUGGCUCGGCCUUGUACUGUGGCUACUCCUGGGCUCUGCCCAAACCUAUCCCUGGCAUUCCCUACGACAAGGCCGCGAGCCAGAGUCUGCUCGGCAGCCUCCCCGAGAUCAGUGCCUAUAUCAAGAAGCAUGGCCGGUUGCGGCCAUGGCUUGUCGGUCAUUCGAAACGUCACGGCUCCGUCCUCACCCAGUUCUGGAUGGGGCCCCUUGCGAAGCCUACCUUGAUCCUGGCAGACUUCCAAGAGUCCAGGGACAUAUUGCUGCGUCGGGGCAAGGAGUUUGACCGCAGCUCUCGGAGUAUCAGCAUCUUCUCGGGUCCCAUCGGCCACCACCACAUCGCCAUGCGUUCAGACGACCCGCGCUUCAAGGGCAACAAAGACCUCGUCCGGGAUCUAAUGACACCGGCCUUUUUGCAUCAGGUCACGGCUCCGCAGAUCUACGACAAGGCCCAGCAGCUCAUCGACUUGUGGACGCUGAAAGCGGAUCUGGCGCAGAGCAGGCCUUUUGAUGUCAAGCAGGACAUUGUCGAUUUGGCACUCGACAUAAUCAAUGCAGCCGCGUUUGGGCUGGGCGAUGACAUGUGUAUCACCAAGCGGCAGCUCGACUUUCUUAAUUCGCUUUCCCAAUUUGAACCUGGCAUCGGGCCGGCCGGCUCGGCAACGAUCCCGCGCGAGGCACAUAUCCCAGACAUUGCUGCCAUCUACGAAUUCGGGCAUCAUGUCGGAACCCAAUUCAAAGCGAUAUCGCCCAAACUUGCGCACCCAUACAAGGUUCUCACCAGCCCUACCCUGAGCAAGGCCAUUGCCCGGAAGAACGAGCUCAUCCGCAGGGAAGUGGAGAAGACCUUGGAUCGCAUUAGGACCGGUGAUGCCGGGACACGGUCGGCGAUGGACAACAUCAUCAUGCGCGAGAUGGCAUCGGCCGAGAAGGCGGGCAGGGAACCCGACUACCACUCGCCACAGAUAUAUGACGAGCUUUUCGGCUUCAUCGUCGCUGGCCAUGACACUAGUGCUUCUUCGAUUGCUUGGAUGAUCAAAUGGCUCGGCGUCAACCAGCCUGCGCAGAAGAAGCUGCGGCAGGUCUUGUCCGAGGCGUUCCCGGAUCACCACCGGGAUCAUCGGCAGCCUUCCGCUGCGGAGCUGAUCAAGACGCCACUACCCUACCUUGAGGCGUACAUCCAGGAGUGUCUGCGACUAGAUGCGCCAGUGCCGUUGACUCAGCGAGAGGCCACUGUUGACACGGAGAUUCUCGGCUACAAGAUCCCCAAGGGGACUGAGAUCUUUAUGCUCGCCAGUGGUCCCGGGUUCCAACUGCCUGAGAUCCCCGUAGGCGAUGAUCUGCGGAGAGAGGCGUCUCGCGGCCCCAAUCAUCACCCGUAUGGCCAGUGGGAUCACGACAACAUGGACGACUUCCACCCGGAGCGGUGGCUCAAGGCAGAUGACGAGUCUGGCAAGGAGUACUUUGACCCGUACGCCGGCCCCAUGAUGUCCUUUGGCUUUGGGCCUCGGGGCUGCUUUGGGCGGCGGCUCGCGCUCCUGGAGACGCGGAUCGUGGUGGCGCUGCUGGUAUGGAAUUUCGAGUUUCAUCCCGUGGACGGCGUGCUGGCGUCACGAGAGAUUGCGGAUGCCAUCACCACAAGCCCGGUAUACUGCUAUGCUCGGGUGUCAAAGAUUUUCGAAUAGGGCUGGCGCAUGGGUUCGGUGGUUUGGCAGGACAGAUACCCUGGAGUAUAGCAAAGGCGCUGGCAGUCGGAUGUCUUCGCAUGAUUUUGAUGCUGGUGUGUUCAGGCCCUUUCAGAGGCUGAGACUCUUUGAGUCGCAUUUCAAGUAUUGACCGAGAUAUGGUGAUACUUCAAUUUCAUUUGCAAGCCUACGUCUGUAAAAACUCAAUCUUACUAUUCAUUCAUCCAAGAGCCACCA